AUGACGCCGGGACUAGACCAGGUCUCGCCCCUAUUCGAAAACCAGAGGGACAAGUUUGAGGAGCCAUCUUCGGCUAUCAGUUUAGCUAUUUCCGCGAUCUUAGCUCUCAUCCCAUGUCCACAGGAUCCAAUCCCACUUGAGCCGGAGUCUAUUCGUUGGAGGCGCGCGUAUUCGCAGUUUUUCGCAAAAGCAGCAUUAGAGAGUAUCGAAACCGAGACGGAACGACCGGAAUCAUCCGUUUCGCCACCGAGGGCUCUGGAUGACUCAGACGACGAAAUUUUUAGAGAAAAGUUUCAUUCACAGGUUCCUCUAGAGUUAGAAAGUAUCAUCGCUCUUGAUCUUCUCAGCGUCUACGAAUAUGCGCAGCGCGGAAACUUGAAGAAGAUGCGGGCUAGGGUCGGAGCGGCCCUAGUAUCUGCCAUGUCCCAAAUGCUCCAUGUAAACAGCGACGACGAGGAUGAGUACUCAGAAGCACGACGUCGCACAUGGUGGAUGACGUAUAUCUGCGUCUGCCAAGGAUCAAUUGUUAGCAAUACACCUCCAACGUUUGAAGUAUUCGCUUCUAGCUUCACGGCUAAAUAUCCUAUGAUCAAGGCUGAUCCAGAUGCAUGGCCAUUAUUCAUCCAAGCUCAGCAGGCUAUCUUAGCAGCCACUCAGUUUGUUAUCGAUUUCAACAAGGCUAGAAAAGAACAAUCGGAUAUGAACCGCAUAUUCAAUCGAAUGCGAGACCUCGAACGGCUUUUAGAACCUCUGAUCACCAAAUCCGAAUCAUGGGUAUUGAAUUGUCCAUUGACGCAGUUGGUUGAUAGGAGGGAGUCGGUUCUGUCUCAAUCGCUGCGAUGCAUUUCGCGUAUUAAGUUGAACAGUGCUCGAAUCAAAGUCCAUCGUUAUUGCGCCUUCUUCGAUCUCGCCGUGUUUUCGGGGAAGCACUGCGACCUGAAGAGCACAACCGAGAAAGAUACAGUUGAUAGUCCAGAUGUUAUUCAACUUCAGUCGUGUUGUACCACUCUGAGCAGUACACCUUCUGUCCACUCGAGUCCAUCUGGUGGAUCUGUGUCGCCCACACUCUCUAGUCGAUCCACUCCUAAUACAGACUGCUGUGGUUUUACAUACCAACCGGCACCAGUUAUGACAUUCCCGUUCAGCACCCACCAGUCGUCUAAAAUAUGCCUGAAGUCUGCCUUGAAUAUUGCACAGGCGUUCGAUUCCUUGCCGUACCCGAAUCCUAGUGGCUUGCUUUGCGACACCCCUUGUUACAUAGGACCAAACUCUACGUUGAUCACGCCAAGGACAAUGCCUUCUUUCGCUUGUUGCGCAAUGCAGUGCAGCUACGCAUUGCUUAUGGUCAAGGACAGAACGGAGACGAUGUAUCCAACAGCAACUGGCGAGGCUGGUCCCCUUGUCGAUAACCUUCGCGACCGUCUUCAACAAGGACUGGUCUCUAUAUUAGUAACACUGGAGAAUUACGCAACGGCUUUCGAAGCGUUAGGUGGUAUGAGAGACCAAAUUCGCGAUAAAGUCGAUUUAGCAUUAGGAUUUUGA